AUGCCGGGCGGUCGGCCGGGGCCUCGACCGAGCGUCUCCUCCUCCGCGGCCGCGAUCAAGGAGUGCGGCGGCACGUCGCGGUGGAGCGCGGCACUGAGCCUGCUCCGGGAGGCAUGCCGACGGCCCGCGGAGGCCGAGCCCCGCCUCUACGUCGUGGCCGCCGGCGCGUGCGGGAGGGGCGGGCAGUGGCAGUGGGCGCUGUCUCUGCUCGGCGAGCUGUGGGAGGCGGAGGUGCAGCCCGACGCCAUCAGCUGCAGUGCCGGGAUCGGCGCGUGCCAGAAGUGCGGGCAGUGGCAGAGGGCACUGCGGCUGCUCGGAGAGAUGCGGGAGGCGAAGCUGGAGCCGGACGUCCUUUCAGAGUUACAGCGCCGGGAUCAGCGCCUGCGAGAAGGGCAGGCAGUGGCAGCAUGCCAUGUCGUUGAUCAGCAUGAUGCGGGAUGCGACGGUGGAGCCCGAUGCCAUCAGCUACAGCGCUGGCAUCAGCGCGUGUGCGAAGGGCGAGCAGUGGCAACGGGCUCUGUCGCUGCUCGGCGAGAUGCGGGAGGCGCAGUUGGAGCCCAACGUCGUCGGAUGCAACGCUGGGAUCAGCGCGUGCACGGAGGGCGGGCAGUGGCAGCAGGCUCUGUCGCUGCUCACCAGCAUGGGGAGGUCGAAAGUGGAGCCGGACGUCAUCAGCUACAGCGCUGGCAUCAGCGCGUGCGAGAAAGGCAGGCAGUGGCAGCAUGCUCUGGCGCUGCUCUGCGGCAUGCGAGAGACGAAAGUGGAGCCCGACGUCAUCUUUUCACUUUCAAUGGAGCUGCAAGCGCGUGUGGGAAAUGCGGAGAGUGGCGGCUGGCUCUGUCUUUGCUGGUCGAAAUUGCGAAGGCGAAGUUGGAGCCCAGCGUCAUCAGCUACAGUGCUGGGAUCAGCGCGUGCGAGAAGGCUGGGCACUGGCAGCAGGCUCUCUCUUUGCUUACCGGGAUUUGGGAACAGACGUUGGAGUUCAAUGUCGUCUGCUACAACGCUUGCAUCAGCGCUUGCGAGAAAGGCAGGCAGUGGCAGCAGGCUCUGUCGCUGCUCAAUCAGAUGUGGGAGGCGAGGUUGAAUGUCGACGACACAAGCUACAACGCUGGGAUCAGCGCGUGCGGCAUAUGCGAGCGGUGGCAGCAUGCACUGUGGCUGCUAGGCGAGAUGCGUCGAGCGAAAUUAAAGCCAGACGUCAUCAGCUACAGCGCUGGGAUCAGCGCGUGCGAGAAGGGCAUGCAGUGGCAGCAUGCUAUGUGGCUGCUCAGCGAGGCGUACGGGGCGAAGGUGGAGCCAGACGUCAGCAGCUACUGCGCCGUGAUCAGCGCCUGCGAGAAGAGCGGCGAGUGGUACAGAGCUCUGUGGCUCUUCGGCGAGAUGCGGGUGGAGAAUUUAAAGCCCGACGUGAGCAGCUGCAACGCUGUGAUCAGCGCGUGCGAGAAGGGCAGGCAGUGGCGGCGAGCUUUGUCGCUGCUCGGCGAGGCGAGGAGGGCGAGGUCGGAGUGCACCGUCGUCAGCUUCAGCGCCGGGAUCAGCGCCUGCGAGAAGGGCGCGCAGUGGCAACGGGCGCUGUCACUGUCUAGCGAUAUGUGGGAGGCAAAGCUGGAGCCGGACGUCUUCGCUACAGCGCUGGAAUCAGCGCGUGCGAGAAAGGCGCGCAGUGGCGGCAGGCUCUGUGGCUGGUCAGCAAGAUGCGGAAGGAGAAUGUGGAACCCAACCUCAUUAGCUACAAUGCUGCGAUCAGCGCCUGCGAGAAAGGCAACCAAUGGCAAUGGGCGCUGGCAGUGUUGCGAGAGUCGCGCGCGGCAGAGUUGGAUCCGAACCUCAUCAGCUACAAUGCUGGGAUCAGCGCGUGUGAGAAAAGUGGGAAAUGGCAGCAGGCGCUGCUCUUGCUCGGCGAGCUGGAGGAACAGUGGGAGCCCGACGACAUCAGCUACCUCGCCGGAAUCGGCGCGUGCGAGAAGGGCGGGCAGUGGCAGCCAGCCCUGUCGCUGCUCACCGACCUCAGCAGUGCCUGCGUUGCGAGGCUCGCGCGCGACGCCAUCGGCGGCGACGCUGCCACUGGCGGCGCGCGUGAGGAGGCCGAGCAGUGGCAACGGGCCGUGGCAGCGAUCGGCGACGUUUGGAAGGCAAAGCUGGAGCCCGAUGUCAUCUCUUACCACAGCGCCGGGAUCAGCGCGUGCGAGAAGGCCGGGCAGUGGCAGCGGGCGCUGGCGCUGCUGGGCGAGAUGCGCGGGGCGAGGCUGGAGCCGAACGCCGGUCAGCUACAACGCCGCCAUCAGCGCGUGCGAGAAGCGCUGGCAGUGGCGGCGGGCCCUGGCGCUGCUCGGCGAGAUGCGGGGUGCGGCGGUGGAGCCUGAUCCCAUCGCCUACAGCGCUGGGAUGAGCGCGUGCGAGAAAGGUGGGGACUGGCAGCGGGCGCUGGCGCUGCUCGGCGAGUUGCGGGAGGCGAAGCUGGAGCUGGACUGUUUACCUUUCUUGGUCGGCUACAACGCUGCGAUCUGCGCGUGCGAUGCAGGUGGGCAGUGGCAGCGGGCUUUGGCACUGCUCCGCGAGAUCUCGAAGGCGCAGCUGGAUCCCGACGCCGGCUGCUACAGCGCUGUGACAAUCGCGUGC